CGCGUCCCUGAGCCGACUAGAACAUCAUUAACGUCUCGGGCCGCGCUGGGCUCAAAGCCGGAUCACAGCUCCUGGCUCGGUUUCACCGGGGUCAAAGACUCUGACAGAGAUCAAGAGGACAGCCAUGUUUUCAACCAAGCCAGAGAUCCAGCCGUAAAAGACAAGAGGCGGUCGCCCCCCUCGGCCAGAUCCCCCUCAGCUCCACCACGCAACCCUCACCACAGCAGCUCCACAGACGAACAGGAGAGCCCCGAGAGAGUGGUGCAGAAGGAGAAGCUCCAUGCCGAGCUGAAGCAGGUGUUGAGUCAGAAGAGAAGUCAUCUGAGAGAGUCGACCUGCCAGCUGGCACAACCCGAGAUGGACCCGGACCCAGAGCCAGCAGAGGAACAGAGAGUGGAGGAGGAAGCCUCGAAGGCCGUGGAAAUUGUGGUGGAGACGGAGGCGGAGGCUGGAGCCAGCGGCUACAGUGUGACCGGUGGAGGAGAGCGAGGGAUCUUCGUUAAAGACGUCCUCAAAGACUCUCCGGCUGCCAAGCACCUCAGCUUACAGCAAGGUGACCAGCUGCUGAGUGCCAAGGUCUACUUCGACAAUGUGAAGUAUGAAGACGCUCUAAAGAUCCUCCAGUGUGCGGAGCCGUAUAAGGUCAGCUUCCUGCUGAGGAGGACCAUACCAGGAGCAGAGGUCAGCGCGCGGCCUCGAGUUCCCAGUGUGGAGGUCAAAGGUCCCAAAGCCAAGAUAGCCAAAAUGAGUGUGAAGGGCACCAAGCCGUUCAAGACCAAAAAGAAGAGAGGUGGUCGUUUCGGUCUGAAGAGGCUGAAGGAGAAGCGCAGGGAGGAGCUGGUGGUAGAAGGAACUCCUCCCCGGCUGGAGACGGGUGACGUCGAUGUCGAGUUUUCUCUCCCCAAGUUGAAACAGAAGAAGACUGGGAAGGUCGAAGUGGAAGGAACUGGAGGAGCAUCAGCCAUGGGGAAGGCAAAGACGAAGAUCCGGUUUCCCCACAUGAAAACAAAAGGCUAUGCUGGAGCAGAGACUGAAGGAAAACUGGAAACAGGGCAGCUUGGGGGACAGACUGAGUUUCUCUUCCCUCUGGACCCCUCGACCCACCUUCUCUCCAUCAUCUUUCCUCCUCCUCCUCCUGCUCCUCCUCUUCCAGGCUUCCUCCAGAUAACCCCGGAGGGGUCUCCCCAGGCCCAGCGGAGGGGCGAAGUGGGAGGCGACGCCGACGUUUCGGGGUCGUUCUGCCUCCACACGUCGGGACUCGACUUCACCGCCCAGCAGAUGUCCGAAGACCGCCGAGUCUCCUCCAGCGAGGAGGGAACUGUCACCACGGUCACCAGAACCACCAGGGUCACCCGGCAACUGGUCACCACGGAAACACGAACAGGUGAAACUUCGACCUCGACGACAAAGACGACAACCACUCGCCAGCUGACGGACUUCUAACCGCUGAGGAUGCUGUAGCCGCGACUUCACUGUCUUCUGACUUGUUUUUUGUCGUGUUGUUUUGAGGUUGCAGUGUUAUUGGAAACUCCGCCUGCAACAUGGCUAACCUCCGCUCAGCAGAAGUCUUCAUUUUAUAUUUUAAUAAGUGAGGUAUGAAUGUGAUGACAUUUCAUCAACCAAUAUUACUGUUCAGUAUUACUGCAGCAGAGUAAUAUUUACUUCUUCUUUUUUUUUUUUUCAAUUUCUAUGUGAUUAUACUUUUGCUACUGUACUUUGAGUUUCGUUAGUUUGGUCUGAAAUAUUUUAUUUGACUUUGUUGGAUUUUUUUAAAGCAGGAAUGUAAAAAACGUCUAGUUGCUUCGUUGUUUUUUGUGUUUGAAACAUGAUUUACUCACAUCAGCAUCGUGGAUCACGCCACGAUUUACCGGCAAAGAAACAGAAAAAUAAGGGGAUUUAGUGUUUGGAAGAUUUUUCAGAUGUUUUUUGGAAAGUUUAAUUUCUUUUUCCAGUGAGGAAAAUACAAAUCCCAACAAAAAAUUUCAAAAUUUCAAUCAACCCACACAAUCGACUCUGCAGCUCAUCCCACAAAUGCAUCUUCAUCACAGUUGUGACACCUUUCAGAAGAGAAAUAUUGAGAUUUUCCAAGAAGCCUUGUUAUAAUCAGUCCAACACAAAAGUCCUCGCUGUAGUUCUUUGGAGCCACCUCAGUGUUUUUGUAAAUAUAAGUAUAAGUAUAGGAUUACUUUUUCAAAGCAGUAAUCCCUUCAAAUCAAACCUGAGUCGGGACUAGAGCAGAUAUUAUGAUCUGAUAAAUUAUUUUGUCUGUCUUGAAGGAGAAGUGUGAGCUUUUUUGAGAGGCUUUUUCUCAAUUCUUGCCACAGUUUUUUUUUCUUUUCUUUUUUUUUUUUAAAAUAUAAGAUGCAUUUAGUCGGUGCUGUUUCCCAGAAACAGCCCCAGUGUGUGGACAGGACACUUUGGACCCUUGUUUUAUUUUUGCUGUGGGGAUCAAACCUGUGACCUUCUGCUCUUCUACAUUUAGGCCGACCUGCUGCUAAUCUGUUUCAUAUUUAUGUUUGACUGUAAACUACUUAAAAAAAUUAAAAAAAGGACGACUCUGUAUGUUUUCUGAAACUCAUGAGCUGUGUUUCAGAGUGCCGAGGAUCGGGAUAGGGGGAUAUCUGGGAUGCUGUCAGGCACUGAGUUGUUCACUCUGAGGCUGCUGCAAUGAGACUAGUUAAGGAGUGGCCAGCCUUGAUCUCUCACAACCAUCACAUGAUUGAAAACAUGUCCUCUGAACAUUAAAAAAGGGAGGAUUGUGAGAUGUAACUGUAUCUUAACAAUGAAAACAUUUUGUAUUUGUGCUUCAUACAAAGGAAAAAAAGCCUUUUGCUUUAAUUUAUGUAUUUAUUUUAUUGCCUCCACAUUAAGACAUUUACAGUGUAGUCUCAAAUGUAUAAAAAUUUGUUGCUGGCAUUAAACGAGGGCUUUUCUUGAUUGCAUUUUUUCAGGAUGCAACAAAAAAAAAAAACAGUCAAAAUCUUUAACUGAAGGUGAAACAUUGAAGAAUCAGUUGUUUGUGGUUUAUUUGAUCUGUA